CUGUUCUUUCCUUGGUGAUCUGGUCGUUGUUAGAUAACCACCCAGUGCAGUACAGUGCUUAGCUCCCACUCUUUUGCCGAUACAAUUUCGGUCCAUCCAACUUCUCCUAAUAUUUGACAAUCAUACUCUUUUAAUUUGAUAUAAUAAGCUGCUUCUAUUUAUAAUUCUGCCUCAUUUUCACCUGCGAGCUGAGCUAGCUAGGUUUUAUCAUAUCAGAAUGGCAUUAAUCUCUGCUGCCAUGCAACACUGCGUUGUAUCUUUAGCUUUGAGCCAUAUCUUCAUAACGUCGUCGUUCUUGACAUUUACAGUGGAAGCAGCAGAUGACUAUAUCCCCCACACCGCCGCGGCUGGAGUACUCGAAAACGAGUAUCUUCACGGCAGUGGAUACUCGUCUGAAGAAAAUGGAAGAACGAUUGGUGAUGAUGAUGAUGAUCCGGAUCAUAUUACCAACAAAGCCCUUCUGUGUUUCAAUGACAAGAAUAUUUACAGUGGGUGUGAGGAAGCUUACAGACUGAGUCAAGCUGGGGAACUCCAUGUGCCACCUGAAUAUACAGAUCAAUUCUGCAACGGGGCGUGCCUGAAGGAGACUUAUCUCGUCUUAAACUGCGUCGGAUCCAUCUUAUCACGCUUCGUGUUUUAUAACAAGGCCACUAUAAAGGAUGUGAAGGAUACCGUCAAGGAAGCAUGCAGCCUCGGUUCAAAAAGAGGUAACUUCGAUGUGGAGAGAUUUAUACAAGGUGAUGAGAGCAGUGCCCUUCAGGCUUCCGGUUUUAUGGUCCAUUGCCUAGUUUCCAUCAUAGUGGCUUGGUGUUUCUUGAUUUAAAAGCUUAAUUGCUUGUAUGAUAAAGAUGAAGGUAGUUAGGAGUGAGGUAGUAAUACAAGUUCCUGAAUUAAACUUAAAAAUAAAAAUAAACAUUCUUGAGUACUUUAG